CUGCUUCUCCAGCUCUGCUUUGCUUUUUAAAAGGCUCAUUUACAAGUGGUUGACUGGGCUGCCUGCUUGCCAGUAUUGUGCGUUGAUCAGUUGAAAGAGCGAUAAGGAACAUUUCAAAUAACCACGAGUUAUUUGAAGAACUUCCCCACAGAGACAGCCGUCCUGUGAAUGAGACUGUUUUUGUUGAGCUGGUAUUUGUACAGGGUGACACCCUCUUUCACACGGCCUGCCUCCUCCCUGCGUGACUCAGUGUUGAGAGAGAAGCCUCUAAGCUGUUCAUUAACAGGCGAGCGGAGGUGGGAAGUGCACCCAGGAAGCGCCAGGUGCACAUUUGUUUCAGCCGGAUCCACUUGGGGAAUCACUGCGGGCCAGUUAGCCAAGAGUCCCGGGUUCCUGCGCAAGAAAGAUCCUCACUAGAAUCCAGCAUGUCAAAUUUUUCCUCUAGAAAAAAGUCUCCAACUGGAAAUGAUCUGAAGAGCGCCCGGGGAGCUGAGCUGAGACAACAGGGUUUUCAGGACGUGAACAAAAGAAGGGCUUUCUUACAGGACAACAGCUGGAUAAAGAAGCCCCCAGAGGAAGAACAAGACGGAAAUUAUGGCAGGGUGGUGCUCAACCGGCACAACUCCCAUGAUGCCUUGGACAGGAAAUUAAUAGAGAGAGAUGAGCCAAAAGCCACAAUUAGCCGGUACAGAUCUGAGGACAUGCUGGACAGAACACUGUCCUCAUUUAGAACGCCACAAUCAACCAAGACGCCAGCUGUCAGCUCCUUCAAUGCAAACACUACCGCCACAGCUUCAACCCCCGCUACCACUCCUGUGAAGAAAAAGAGACAGUCCUGGUUCCCACCACCCCCUCCUGGUCACAAUGCCUCUCCAAGCACAGCAGCCAGCAGAAGGGACCCAGCUCUGCACCCUCCACUCCCCCCAAAGCCCUGUUCUCCCAUUGCUUCUCCUAAACCAUUGGGGCGGACUAAUAGGCAGAUACAUGCAGCUACAGCGGGGGCAUGUGGAGAAACAGAACGACAUGCUGAAAGAAAUAUAAGGACUGAGGAUCUCGAUGACAUCAUCAGGGUGGCGGCUGCACUUCAGAAAACUGACAAGGGUGAAGAAUUGGAUAAUCUCAUCAGAAUGAACAAAAGCUUGAACAGAAACCAAGGUCUCGAUGGCCUCUUCCGAGCAAACCUGAAGGCACAGCAAUUGGACAAAAGAGCCCAGAGUCUUGAAAGCCUGAUCUAUAUGAACACACAGACGGACAGAGAUGGCAAAGGAAAUCAAGCCUUCGGGAGCCUUAAGAAAAUCAACCAAAGGGCUGACCCCGACAGAAGAAGCCAAGAUCUCAGAUCAGUUAUCAGAACACAUGCCACGGCUGAGAGAAUCGGCAGAAGAAAACAAGACCUCGAUGGACUGAUUAAAGUGAAUCCUGACACAAAUAAAAAUAUGAAGAGGGGCAAGAGCCUUGACAAUCUUAUCAAAGUCACCCCGGAAGUAAACAGAAGCAACAAAGGGGGUCCAAGUCUUGACAAUUUCACCAAAGGAGUUCCUGCAAGGAGCAGAGCUAACCAAAGGGACCAAGACCUGGACAGUCUUAUCAAGGUGACCCCCUCAGCAAACAGAAGCCAGCACAGUCUUGAUGAACUUAUUAAUACAAGCCCCCAAACUAUCAAAACUACUGCUAGACACCAAGAUCUCGAUAAGUUCAUCAAAGUAAAUCCUGAUGUUCUCACAAACAACCAAAGAAACCAUGAUGUAGACAGCACCAUCAGAGGGAAUCCUACAGGGACCAGAUGCGAGCAAAGCGAAGAGUUGGACAAUCUUAUCAAAGUGAAGCCUUCUGCUCUCAGAAACACAAAUGGAGGCCAGGACCUAGAAAGCUUAACUGAAGUAAAUUCUCAUGUGGCUGAGAAGAAUGGGAGGAUAGAUGGCCAAGCCAAUGGAUUGACUAACAGUCUGUUCAAGGAGUCCACAAGAGCCUCGGUCUAUUCUUAUGAAGCCAGAAACAGUCUCAGCUCCAAUUCUGGAAACAAGAAUGGUGGACCCAAGGACACUGUUGUUUAUACAAGGACAUAUGUGGAGAACAGUAAAUCACCAAAGGAUGGUUAUCAGGAAAAUAUCUCAGGAAAAUAUAUACAAACCGUUUAUUCAACUUCAGAUAGGUCUGUCAUUGAAAGAGACAUGUGCACUUACUGCCGCAAGCCCUUGGGGGUGGAAACCAAGAUGAUUUUAGAUGAAUUACAGAUCUGUUGCCAUUCCACCUGCUUUAAGUGUGAAAUAUGCAAACGGCCUCUGGAAAAUUUACAGGCAGGAGACAGUAUUUGGAUCUAUAGGCAGACGAUACACUGUGAGCCCUGCUACUCUAAAGUGAUGGCAAAAUGGAUUCAGUAACGCCGACACGUGGAAAUGAAGAUGAGCACCUUCAUCGAGGAAUUUAAAGCUACAUUUAAGAAUAUGUAAUCUAGAAAACAUCUGCAUUGGACAUCAUCUCUUGAAUCAAAAUAACAGUUUUGUUGUUGCACAAACAAUCUAAUUACAUUGAAGAAGGUCACAUAUGUGAAAAGAAUCAUCUGGUGUCUGGCAAAGUUUAGUGAUAAAAAAAAAUCUACAUAGUUCUAGUUACCAAACUCAACGGCAGUGAGCAUUCUCAACCCUGAGCAGGCCAUCUCUGCUCUAUAUUUGACUGUCCAUCUUGGUUUCCAUUUUAACUGAGUUUCUUAUCUUCCUACCUACAUCCCUCUAAUAAUUUGCAUUAGAGCAUUAUUGACCCCCUGACAAAUAGGCUGCUGGAAGCAAGAUAUACUUCUUUUUUCUACAAAAGAAAAUGCACAUAGAAAUUUCCUUCUAAAUUUUUGGUUCAAGGUAUCAAUGUUCCAAGUUGUUUGGACCUUAGAAAAAUCACUUAAAAUUUCCAGACUUUCUGUGGCAUUAUCUAUGACAACACAGAUAUUAGACAAAAUGGUUUCUAAGUCCCUCCUUGCUUUUCCUAUCCUCUGAAUCUAAAAGAGAUUUGAGUUUCCUGUUUAGAAACAUGUUGGUAUAUUUGUUAGCUAUGUUGGGAAAUAUAAAUAAUUUCACCUAAGUGUCACCCUUCAGUUUAUCACAGGCAUGGCUUUUGAGGACUAUUCUUAAAACUGGAAUCAAUAGCUCUAUGGGUGAUAGGUAAAAAUCAGAUAACGUGUAAUUUGUUAAACUUUCUUUGCAUGUAUUUCAAAAUCUGGGUGAUCAAAUAAUCUGAGAAGUAAUAGCUAUGUAUUGCAAACACGUUAUGUAAGUUCGUGUUAUAAACAGUUUAUGUUUACAGAAGGAUCACAACAAUAAAAUGAACUGUCAAUUUC